UUUGUGUGUGUGUGUUAGAUUUAUGUCCCUUAGAGCUUCAACACGGCAGUGUCUAGAUGCCUUUAGGAUCAGCAGUGAUUUCAGAUUUCGUUUUUUUUUCGGACUAUAUUGAAUGUUAUUUCGGAGGACUAGAUCUAAAUAUAAAAAAUGAAUCUGAGAAAAUCUCGGACUAGAGUUGAAUUUUUAGCUUACACCAAACCAAGUACUAUGCUAAUAUUGAUCAAAGUCUUAAAAUAAAGAACCCUUGAAAUGUAUCAAAGCAUCCUGGAUACUGUCAAUAUUGUUGAUGUCAAGGCAGCAUAGAAGCUGGUGGUGUCAGUUGGCAAGAAAAUCCACAUAGUGACACUAAGUCUAAAUAUUGAUUUUUAUUAGUAACAAUAAGAUAGUCAAGGAACUGACAUUUGGGCAGCGUAGACAGUGUAGUGUUUAAGUAUGUCUAUGUAUAGAAGAACUAUGAGACAAAAAAGUAAAAAAAAAAGACCCCUGUCUGUGAACAGUCUUGAUGAAAAGUGCCGGAUGUCUCUGAUGGGUCAAAUGGUAGAUAUGGGUCAUUCACAAGGCAAUGAUCUUAAACGUUCUGCAUCUGAUAUGUUUUCUGGGCAUCUUUAUGGUUUUCAUAGGUCAAGGUCAGAGAACAGUCCAAACUCAAAUGAAACCGGCAUUAAAAUUUUCAGCUCUACUGUGAGAAGUGGAUCAUCACAUAACAGUUCCAAUGAUUCUGGUAUAUUCAGUGGUAUGGGAAGUUCAGACAACUUUAGGGAUGAAUCUGGUGCCCAUAAGAAACGUAACGACCAAUUAAAUCCAGUGAUUAGGAUUAUAAGCCCGGUAGAAAGUGUUCAAUCCUCACACAACUCAAGUCUCUCGGCCAGUGCUGGCUGUACCGUGAUGCAAGGAUUAGAGGAGUCUAGUGGGAAAACUAAAGAUCAGUCGAAGACUGCUCAUCAGGCCUCAUUGGAACAUCAUCAUAAUAACCAGGACCUCAAGACUGCAAAAUGUCCACAGUCUUGCUUGGCAAGCACAAAGGGAGCCAACAAUUCAACAUCCCACUUCAAACAUAAAGUCUCAUUUGAUCUUGAUCAAGAGUCUCAAACAUCCGUGGCUCAUCAGGAAACAUCACUUCAAGAAAUAAAAACACCAUUCAAGAAAUAUCUAAAUGACUACAGGACGACUUCUUCCUCUCAAGAAAUAGCACAGCUCAACUGUUCUACGUCUGCUGAAGUGAAAAGUGCAAAGUAUAAACAAUCAUCUAUUCAUUUUAAGAAAGGCAACUGUCAUGAGCAAUCUUCAAUUGUAAACACAACUCAAGCCUCAGGUUCUUCACACCAUCAGCCUACGGGUGAUGGUGCAUCCAGUAGCUUGAAAUACGAUCAUCUUCUAGAUGCUAGUCAGGUAGAAGCCAUUUCGCUGGAAGAGAUUCUUAUGUCCAAUUUAGACACAGUGAAAGAAAAAAUACAGAAUAGCAAUGAGAUAAUAUUAGCACAGAGUCUGGCGGAAGUUUUUCGAUGUUUCAUUUGUAUGGAAAAGUUGCGAGAUGCACGCCUAUGUCCACACUGUUCAAAAUUAUGUUGUUUUCCUUGUAUUCGAAGAUGGUUAACAGAGCAGAGGUCACAGUGUCCUCACUGCAGAGCUUCUCUACUACUUCACGAACUGGUCAACUGUCGCUGGGCUGAGGAGGUGACCCAGCAGCUGGACACACUCCAACAGUCGUCUCCUUUAGUUCGAGGGGAGGGUGUCUCACGGAAGGAAAUGUGCAACGAACAUCAGGAGAAGUUGAGUGUCUACUGCUGGACUUGCAAACAAUGCAUAUGCCAUCAAUGUGCAUUGUGGGGUGGCACGCAUUCUGGCCACAUGUUCAAGCCUUUGGAUAGAAUCUAUGAGGAAUACAAGUCUAAAAUCAAUGGAGAACUGAAUCUACUCAAGUCACAACAUUCUGAGUUGUUUUGUCUGGUGCAAGAUGUUGAACGCAACAUUGAGAGUGUGAAAAAUGCUAAAGACGAACGAGUCAGGGAAAUCCGCAAUGCAGUUGAACUAAUGGUAGCUCGGCUGGAAGCGCAGCUAAAGAGUAAACUUGUGACACUUAUAGGUCAGAGAAAUCAGUUGGCACAGGAAGUGACCACAUGGGACACAGCAAUUGAAAAGGUCGAGGCUGAUUUGAGGGAUUGUGGGAAGUCUGAGCUUGUCAUGAAGAGCAAGGACCUUCUAGAGCUCUUCCGUAUGGCACACCGCCAGUCAGCUUCAUCCUUUGUCACCACACCUGUACCAGCAGAUUUUAAUAGUGAGAUAGUGCCUCAGUAUGACUCCAGUACUUUCAUCAUGAAAAACUUUAGUGUACUGAGACAAAGAGCUGACCCAGUCUACAGUCCACCUUUGUUUGUGAAUGGAUUGAGUUGGAGACUCAAAGUUUACCCUGAUGGUAAUGGAGUAGUCAGAGGCAACUAUUUGUCAGUUUUCUUGGAAUUGACAGCUGGUCUUCCAGAAACAUCCAAAUAUGAGUAUAGAGUUGAAAUGGUGCAUCAGGCUUCUAAAGACUGGACUAAGAACAUUGUUAGAGAGUUUGCUUCUGAUUUUGAGGUUGGAGAAUGCUGGGGCUACAAUAGAUUUUUUCGACUGGAUCUGUUGGCUAACGAAGGUUAUCUGAAACCAGAGCUGGAUACUUUGAUAUUGAAAUUUCAAGUUAGGCCACCAACAUUUUACCAAAAAUGUCGAGAUCAACAAUGGUAUAUCAACCAACUAGAAUCUCUUCAAGCUCAGUAUUUACACCAAAACAAUGAUCUGAAAGAUCGUCUAUUGAUGGAAAUGUCCAGAAGCACUUCGAAAUCUCCAGGAAGAAAAACAAAUUUAGUCCCUGAGAUUCCUAUAGCUUUAGUGGAGAAUCUAACAUCCACAGCAGCGACAGAGGUGUCCACUCUUUUGUCUCCAUCCUCUGCCACCACGCCAACCACUCCCAAUGUUUCUGUUUCUUCUAAGCCGACGACUGGAACAAAUGCUGAUGGUAAUGAAGAGGAAGAGGAUGAAGAUGACGAGAAUGAAGAUGAAGAUGAAGAGAAUGCUGAAGCUCAUGAAGACAGCAGCUCAUCUGAUCUUGGAUCAGACACCACAGAUUAUAAUGAGAAAGGAUUGUCAUUUCUUCAAGCCUUAAACCCUACAGAGUUGAAUGACUACCAGGAAAUUCGAAUGGAACUGGCGCAUCCCAUAAGCCCACUCAAUGCUGAUGAGAAUGAUAUUGACGAGGAAACGAUGUCUGUGGACAAUGAUGUAGACAACGCCAUUCAUUGGUCGGAUAAUGUCCUUACUGCUGCAGGAUUCAUUGCUUCAACUAAAUGCACUGCGUCAGGAGCCGCUAAUAAACUGAAAAGUUCCAACAACCUAUCUCAACCUCCAUCAAGUCAGAAAAAAGAAGAAGAAGCGUCUUUGCUUCAGUUUUUAGAACAUCAGUCGACAGAACGUUCAAAUCCAAGGCCAGAGUUCAACACUGCCUUUGCUCACCUGUCUUUGGCAACAGCAGACGAGAAUGUUGACAGUGAUCAGUGGACCAACCAUUGGCUAGAUGGAUUGAUACUUGACAAACCAUUUAGCAACAACGACAAAUCUGUUCGACUAAGCAACAGUAGCCAUGUGACCUUGGGUGGUGCUAGUAGCAUGUGUGGAGCAGAAGUUGAACUAGAAAAUCAAAAUGCAUGCUCAGUUGGUGGACAGGCAGAGAGUGACCAGGGCAUUAGAAAGUCAGCUGAGGAUGUUUUAGAACAUUUCCAGCAAAGAUUUACCGAGUUGGCAGCCUCAACAAUAGCAGCUGCCAAUGCUGCUGUAACCAAUGAAACUGAGGCUCGUAGGAUUCGAAACUGUAAGAAAUCCAAAAGUCAAACUGCAUCCCAGUCAUUAAGAAAUACACUUGAGUCAAGUACCAAACCAGACCUAUCCCUUCUUGAUACAACACUGCACAGAGAGCAACAAGCAUUUAGUCGAACAGGAACUAGCAGUGUUACAGACCUUGAUAGCAGUUUAGAUGAAUUCAUGACAUUAGAAGAAUGUGACAUUGAUUUAGCAACACCUCCUAGAGUCAUUAAACCCGAGCUAGACACAGAAUACAAGUCAAAAAAACAAGAGAAAGAGAAAUCUCCAAUAAGGGUAUCAUCUUCAUCAUUACCUUCUUCAGGGGCAGGAGUUUCAACUCUAAAGAAAGACUCAACUCAUAAUAAUCUCCACUCCUGGACAUUUAACUUUCUCAGGCACAAUAAGGAUGAUAAAAAAGACAAGGACAAGAUACCCUCAGUAGCUUCCUCUCAUCAUGGCACUCACGGCAUUGGUCGAAGCAACAACAGCAGCAGCAGUCAUGAAGGAACCACGUCAUCUGCAUCCUCAGCUCAGGAGAGUUCAACUGCACCAACCUCCAUGCCAAGAAAUGAACAUCAAAAUCAGCAUUCAUCUCCAUAAGAUGAUGUUCUCCUUGGGAUGUAUUGAUGUUUGCCAUUGAGUUUUUCACGUCUGCAAGAUUUCUAAAUAAUUGAUCCUUUUUUUUUAUUAGCAUAUUAGUUUUGAUAAUUAGCCUAAGACUAAAUAUAUCUUUUUUAUUGGAAAGUAUGUUGUUCAUAUGAAUUGAUCUCUCAGAAUUAAUUUGCAUACUUUUCUACAAUAUUGUCAUCCUGUGAGAGUUAACAAAGAAUAUGUGUCAUGUCUUUACACUCAGCUUUCAGAUGUCUUCUAGUUAAUAAUUUGUUUCAUUUACAUUUUGUGUUUGUCACUUGUUAGAACACUUUUGAUUAAUUUAUUCAAUAAAUUCAUUUGAUUCAA